CCACAAUGGAACUGAGCUGACACUGUGACGGUUGCCAUGGCAGCAGUAAACAUUCUCUGACUGCAGUAAGAGCAGCGAGAUGUGAUCUCCCAGUAACUACAGGUUUAUGGUAACACAGAUCACAGAGAAAGACCUUACACACCGCACUCACGCUAUGGCUGAAUAUCCAGGUAGUAAGAAAUGGUCUCUUCCAGGAUGGAGAAUAGAACAGCGAUAUAACAACAAAGUUCUGAUUGGAAACUGGGUGGAGGAGAGGAAAAAGUUUAAGAGAAGCAACUUCUCAACAACCAACAGUUGCUAUGGCAUAGACUUUGUUCGGUUUCCAGACAGCAAACCCGAUAGAAUACAGAGGAGAUUUUACCUUAAACGGAUGGAGGGUUUGCCAAAACAACAAUUACUCUCCCACCAUGGAGAGCCUAAUUCUAGGUGCCUAGUUUCCCUGUAUGACGAUCAUUUUAUAAGACAUGGGAACACCACCUUGCCACCUCUCCGGAGCUGGGAUGGAAACAGUUUAACUUGGGCCCCAGAGAGAUCUGACUUCCCCGUUGAAGAUCCACCAACCAACUUCGGUCUUUUGCAGGAAAAGCAAAAGCUGUGGAGAGACCAAGCUUAUGAAGACCAGAGAAGUGUCUAUUCAGCAUCUUAUGGGCAUCCACCCCCUUCUGCAUUUAUGACCAGCCGUUAUGGCACAGCUCCUCACACCGUUUUCGGUACAUCGCAGCACAGUAAUAAUAACACCAAUAAAGCUUCAGACUUCAAGUUUGAAACACAACUCCAGGUUCUUAACCAUCUUGCUAAACAAGAACAUGUUGAAUCCUAAGUAUCCUUACUGUCCUUGGAUUCAAGUUUCAUAGUCUUUUAAGUGUCAUGAGGAUGGUGCAAUAAGUUACUGGACUGUAGGAUUUCCACAUCAACUCAUCAGAGAGAAAAAAACAAACAAAUAAACAUGUGAAAAAUA